UGUGCUGUCUGAUGCUGGGUGUCUCCGUUACAGGAGAAAAGCAUGAUCAACCAUUGGUGACCACAAAAUAUGGAAAACUAAUUGGGGAAACAGUGACGGUAAAGGGGACAGACAGACCAGUAGACACUUUUUAUGGAGUCCCUUUCGCAAAACCGCCAGUUGGGGAAUUGAGAUUUUCCCGUCCUGAGCCCCCAGUACCUUGGGACUCCUACAGGGAUGCAACUAAAGACCCACCCAUGUGUUUACAAAACAUUAAGAUUGUGGAACAUUUAAUGAAGCUUUCUAAGGUUAACCUCAAGGUGCCGCCUGUUUCCGAAGACUGUCUAUAUCUAAACAUUUUUACUCCAGCAGACAGAGAAAGGAAUACUCCAUUACCAGUUAUGGUGUUUAUACAUGGAGGAGCUUUGUCAAUGGGAGGCACAUUUAUGUUUUAUGGAGCUGCAAUGAGUGCUCACGAAAAUGUAGUGGUUGUAGUUAUCCAGUACAGACUUGGAAUUAUAGGAUUCUUUAGUUCUGGGGACAAUGAAGCACCUGGGAAUUAUGGGUUUUUAGAUCAAAUAGCAGCUCUUCAAUGGGUCCAAGGAAACAUUGAGGAUUUUGGAGGGAACCCACAGUCUGUCACCAUAUUUGGGCAAUCCGCCGGGGGUAUUGGUGUUUCUGCUCUGGUGUUAUCUCCCUUAUCCAAAGGCCUUUUCCACAGAGCCAUCGCGGAGAGCGGGGCUGCCUUAAUGCCAGGAAUUGUGACCAAUAAACGUGAAGUUGUCAUUUUUUUCCGAAAUCUUAUUGCCAAUAUUUCCGGCUGUGAUCCUGUAUCAGUGGUGGAUUGCUUGAGAAGGAAAAGCGAAGGAGACAUUCUUAUGAUAUCCACAGGAAUAAUGGCUGUACCUGCGUGUGUUGAUGGUGUAUUUCUUCCUAAAUCUGCAGAAGAGAUCUUGGCCAAUAAGGAGAGCAACGAUGUUCCAUUCAUAAUUGGUCAUAAUAACCACGAGUUUGGUUGGACUCUUCCGCUGGGGAUGAACAUCAGUGGUUUAGUAGAAGGAAUGGAUAAAGACGCAGUUCAGUCAUUCCUGAAAUCCUUUCCCAUCCUGGAAUUGACUGAAAAAUCCAUCCCUUUGGUAAUGGAGGAAUAUUUUGGGGACACAAAUGAUCCUCUCAAAAUCCGAGAUACGUUUCUGGAUUUGUGUGGUGAUAUAUUGUUUGCUAUGCCAGCUCUCAAGACAGCGAAAUAUCACAAAGAUUCUGGAUUUCCAGUCUAUUAUUAUGAAUUUCAGCAUCGGCCAGCCAUCUAUAAGGAUAAAAAACCUGCGUUUGUUAAAGCAGAUCAUGGAGAUGAAGUAUCGUACAUAAUGGGAGGCACAUUCAUAAACCGUGAUGUCCUGUUCAGAGUCAAUGCAACAGAGGAAGAAAAGAACCUCAGCAAAACCAUGAUGAAAUAUUGGGCAAAUUUUGCUCGAAAUGGAGAUCCCAAUGGACCAGGUCUCGUAAAAUGGCCAAGAUAUCAAGAAAACGAAGCUUACAUGCAACUUGAUUUGGAACAGAAACCCUCAGAAAAGUAUAAAGCAGACAAGUUUGUUUUCUGGACCAAAACUCUUCCAGAGACCAUUCGAAAAAUGUCAGCGGAACAAAGUGAAGAACGUGAAGAACUGUAGAUUUGGAUACAAUACAGCUGUCACCCUUCUUCAUGGGAAGUCUAACACAUCAUCAAGAUUUCUGGCUAUAACUAUUUGUUACCUUUGGAAUGAUCCAGCCAAACUCCUGCUCAG